AUGUGGGAGAAGAUAUCGAAGUCCAUUGGAGAUCUCUUGCAUUCUCUUCAGCCAAAUCGAGUUCGAGAGACAGUGCAUGGUGCCAACUUGGAUGUGCAGUGGGGGAGUUGCCAUGUCUGUUUGGAGGGAAGUAGGCUAUGUAUGUGCGACCACAGCAUUAAGGGCUCAAAGGUUGUCGAAAAUGGCACAGGCAUUGAGCACCAUGUGGAGGCCAAUGGCUCUUUUGCUCAUGCCGUUCUCAAUAUGAUUGGGAUGCUCAUAGGUUUGGGGCAGUUAUCAACUCCAUACGCACUGGAAAAUGGAGGAUGGGCAUCUGUGUUUCUGCUUAUAGGGCUAGGGAUAAUAGGUGCAUACACUUCUCAUCUACUUGGAAAAUGUCUUGACAAGAAUCCCAAGUCAAGAAGUUACGCUGAUAUUGGGCAGCAUGCUUUUGGAACAAAGGGAAAAGUGUUGGCCACAACCUUCAUCUACAUGGAAAUUUUCAUGGCACUCGUGUCUUACACAAUCUCAUUACACGACAACCUUUUUACUGUUCUUUCUGGGCUGCAGAUUAAGGUGCUUUGGGCUAAGCUGUCUACCUCUCAGCUCCUAACCAUAAUGGCUGUCUUGGUAGCAUUGCCUAGCCUUUGGCUCAGAAAUCUGUCUUCCAUUUCUUUCCUCUCAUCAGGUGGUAUUUUCAUGUCGCUUCUCAUUUUUGUAUCAGUGGCCUGCACUGCCAUUUUUGGAGGUGUGAAAUCCUAUCACAGGAUCCCAGCCCUCCACCUCCACAAAAUUCCUGCAAUAUCUGGGCUCUAUAUCUUCAGCUAUGCAGGGCAUAUUGUCUUCCCUGAUUUAUAUACGGCCAUGAAAAAUCCAUCCAGGUCGUUUACAAAGGUAUCUAUCGUGAGCUUCACAUUAGUGAUUGCACUUUAUACAGCAUUAGCAUUCAUGGGUGCCACAUUUUUUGGUGCUGAAGUAAACCCUCAAAUCACUCUCAGCAUGCCCAAACAUCUCAUUGUGACAAAGAUUGCAUUAUGGGCCACUGUGCUGACACCCAUGACCAAAUAUGCUCUAGAAUUUGCACCAGUUGCCAUUCAGCUUGAGCACAAGCUUCCAAAUUCAAUGAGCUCCAGAGCAAAGAUGAUCACAAGGGGCAGCGCGGGUUCAUGUCUUCUUCUGCUGAUUCUAGCGCUGGCUCUUUCUGUGCCAUAUUUUGAGUACGUUCUCAGCCUCACUGGCUCCCUUGUUAGUGUGGGAAUCUCCAUAACUUUUCCUUGUGCAUUCUACACCAAGAUUUGCUGGGGUCAGAUUUCAAAACCUGCCAUGGUGCUCAACUUCUCCCUCAUUGCAUUUGGCACUCUUCUCGGGGUUUUUGGUACCAUUUCCUCUUCCAAGUUACUCGUACAAAGCCUACGAAAAGCUCACUCCGCCUAAGAUUGACAU